GUUACAUUACACUAAAUCAUUGUGUAUCCCUCCGUGGUCCAUUCGAAAGUAGUGCCUAUUUCUAAAGAGUUCCUUUUCUCUUCUUGAAUAUAAGCCAUUUAACAAUGUGAGACAUGUCUUUUGUGGUUAUUUGUAAUAUCCUGUAUGUGUCUGGAGUACUUUGAUGCCUUGGAUUGGAAGCUAACUUAAAAGAUGGACUUUUGAGGGUGUGUUUUCUAUUGUGUGGGGCUUUUGUCGAAAUUAGGAUUCCGAAACACGUUUUUCUACGGUGGGUUCAUUCGACAGCGAUUUACUUUCUUAGAAGUUGCGAGACGGUAUGUUUUUGAUUGCAAUUAUUGGAAGAGGACAGAUCCAUCUUUAAAAUGAUACCAGGUUCGGAAAAAUUGAUACGUCGAAAAGGCAAGAAAAAUGCUGUGAAAGUUGUCAGUUUUAUAAUGGGACCCUAUGGGAAUCGGAAUUAGUGUAAUAUAACCUUAAAAAAGCACAUUUACUGCAAUGUCAAGGUCACAUGGAUUCGUCUGCAAGCGAGACAAGUAGAACAUGAAUUUUAAUGAAUGUUUUGAUGAUUUGGGUGCUAAAAUAGAUGAGAGAUGUCAAUAUUUUGGUUCAAAUGGAUGUUUUAGGUGGUUUUGGACUGUUCCGGAUGGGAGGGGGACCUGGUAUGGACAAAGUCAGCCAGACCAUGAUUGAGCUUAAGGAUUGUGCUGCGGAUGCGGCCUGUGCAGUUCCGGGAGAAAGUCACUGUCUUGGGCAUUGCGGUCUGGUAUCAGGUCUGGAUGAUCCUUGCCUGACUCCGGGUUUGUGUACACCUCAAUCCGACUCCCUGUCCGGUACCGAGGCCUCAGUGGUGCAGCGCUUGUGGACGAUCCAUCGACAUCCUGAAAGGUCAACACUUCACCAAGCUGGGAAAAUUGAUCCUGAUAGUCAUCCCCAGGUAGUGAAAUGAAUGUACACUGAACUACAGAGGAAUCACACCCAAAUGACUUUUCCGACAUUAGUGUGGCCCCUCGGGCAGGAAUUCCUUAGCAAACAUGCUUUUUUGCAUGGGGACUGUGGCAUUUUUGCAAAACUUAAGCUUUCAACGCUGGAUUUUAAAGAGAACACUUAAUAAAAUGAAGCCAACAGGACUUAUUUUAAUGAGAGAGACUAUCUGGAUGAGCAACAAAUGUCACAUUGUGUCGUUAGCUGUUGAAGGAGCGAUUUGCGCCAUUUCAAGUGUUAAUUUUGGGUAGCAGGCUUGUAUCGGCUUGAAAGCUGCAAAUUAUUCCUCUCAUCAUGAUAGCAUUAAUUAUUUUAAUUGCAAUGUGUAUGUUUAGAUUGUAAGUGAAGCUUUUAAUAAUAAUUUUCUUGAAAAACAUUAUUUUAUAUGCUGUCAGUGAGUUUUUUGUGUGAAAAAAGUGCUUAAAAUUAAAAAAAAGUCUCCUUUUUCAUCAAGAAAAGUACACUGAUUCACAAUCAAUACAUUUAUUUGGGCCUUUUGCUGAUAUAUUGGUGAAUUUCGCAUGCAAUGAUACCAGUUUUUGCCAUAAAAGUUACGCGUAACAAUAAUUAGAGACACAAAAUCAGCUGUCGUCACUUAGACUAAAAAUCAUGCAUUUCGACUUGACUGCGGCCAAUUUAGUCACCGCUUUAAAUGGCCAUUUUAAGGCCUUUUCCCCCCUCCGAAUGCACUGAAAUUGCAUAUUCAUUGUGGAAAUAGUUUAAAUCUCAUGUGGAGAAAGUUUGAAAAGGAUAGGACAAAGUUGAGUUCCCUUAAAGGUUACAUUACACUAAAUCAUUGUGUAUCCCUCCGUGGUCCAUUCGAAAGUAGUGCCUAUUUCUAAAGAGUUCCUUUUCUCUUCUUGAAUAUAAGCCAUUUAACAAUGUGAGACAUGUCUUUUGUGGUUAUUUGUAAUAUCCUGUAUGUGUCUGGAGUACUUUGAUGCCUUGGAUUGGAAGCUAACUUAAAAGAUGGACUUUUGAGGGUGUGUUUUCUAUUGUGUGGGGCUUUUGUCGAAAUUAGGAUUCCGAAACACGUUUUUCUACGGUGGGUUCAUUCGACAGCGAUUUACUUUCUUAGAAGUUGCGAGACGGUAUGUUUUUGAUUGCAAUUAUUGGAAGAGGACAGAUCCAUCUUUAAAAUGAUA